AGAUCCGCCCGUGGCACACAGGGCUCGUCACCUCCCGAGGUCUGAGCCCUCUGACUUUUUUCCUUGUUGACUUCCUUAGAAUCCACUCUGUGGUUUCUGUAUUUGUACUCAAAAGACCUUUCAGUUGCAGUUUGAGUAAGAUUUGUUGACCUCCAGCUGCCUGCUGGGUGGGGACUCUGCCUAAGAAAGGGAGUGACGUGGGAGCUUGCUCAUCUGGCCCCCAUCUUUCUCUGCAGGUGUCAUGUGAUUCUCUGUGGGAGCUGCUGCGCUAGUGGAAAUGCUCUCAGUGGUGGAGGAUGGACUGGACGCCCGGGCUGCCAUCCCGGUCAUCAAGAAGAAGCUGGUGGGAUCAGUGAAGGCAUUGCAGAAACAGUACGUUUCCUCAUGCACAGUGGUCACCAGUGAAGACGGAGAUGCCAACAUCAUGUGCAGUGCCCUGGAGGCUGUGUUUAUCCAUGGCCUGCAUGCCAGGCACAUCCGAGCUGAGGCUGGAGGAAAGAGGAAGAAGAGUGCCCACCAGAAGCCUCUGCCUCAGCCUGUCUUCUGGCCCCUCCUGAAAGCCAUUACCCACAAACACAUCAUCUCAGAAUUGGAGCACCUGGACUUUGUGAACACGGAUGUGGGCCGCUGCCGGGCAUGGCUCCGACUGGCCCUCAAUGAUGGACUGAUGGAGUGCUACCUGAAGCUGCUCCUCCAGGAGCAGGCCCGGCUGUGUGAGUACUAUCAGCCCACAGCCCUGCUUCGAGAUGUCGAGGAGGGCGAGUUUCUCCUUAGCUUCCUGCAGGGACUAACGUCUUUGUCCUUUCAACUCUCCUACAAGUCUGCCAUCUUAAACGAGUGGACACUCACCCCACUGGCUCUCUCCGGGCUUUGCCCACUCUCUGAGCUAGACCCUCUCACUACCUCUGGUGCAGAACUACAGCGGAAGGAGUCCCUUGAUUCAAUUUCCCAUUCCUCGGGCUCAGAGGACAUCGAAGUCCAGCACUCAGGCCAUAAAAUCCGGCGGAACAGGAAGCUCACUGCCUCCUCCCUCAGCCUGGACACAGCCAGUUCGUCCCAGUUGUCCUGCAGCCUGAACUCCGAUAGCGGCCUUCACCAAGAAAAUGGCUCCAAGAGUCCAGACUGUUCUGAGGAGCCCAUGUCCUAUGAGUCAGACCUGGGGACAGCAAAUGCUGAUGAUUCAGACCGCUCUCUGCAAGAGUGAGUACCCCCCUACCUCCCUCUCUCUUUCCCUCCUUCUCUCUCCUUCCUUUCCUCCUUGCUUUCACAUGGGAUUUGUGAUUGUCUGUCACUGAGCACUGAACUCUAUUAGGGUAUAAAGAAAGACAAAGGAGACAUCAUUCUUCUUCUUCAGGGACUGGAGGAGCUGGGAGCUGUAACUGGAAGCAACAUGGGGGCAGUGGGAAGAAUGGACAUAGGGCUCAGAGCUGAUUAAAUGUCCAGCUCUGACCCUGGAUGACCUUUGGCAAGUUACUUAGUCUCUCUGAGGCUCAGUGUAAAAUAUUUCAGUAUAAAAAAUUUUCAUCUAGAAAGGAGGAAGCUAACAGUUCAGAUGGAUAUCUACAACUUCCAAAAAAUAUACAACAAAGCAUAAUGCAUAAGGGUGUGACGUAGUGACACAGAAGACAUGGAGAACAUGAAACUUGAAUGGCCUGUGGAGGAGGUGGUCGACAACUGGGGACAAGCAAGCAUGUAGAGGAGUGUAUGGUGCAGAUUAACCAACUAGAGAGGGAGAGCCUGGGACAGAGCCUCCUUCAUACAGCCUUUUUUAAAAAAAUUUUUGAAUAGAUAGUCUAUUUUUAUGGUGAAUAAAAAAGUAGCCCUGGUGGAGCAGUGGUUAAGUGCU